AUGAACGGGAUUCUAGCUCAAGUGUGUUUGCUGGGAUAUCUGCUGCAGGCCCUGACUGAACCCGCCCCAGCAUCAGAGUUUGUUUUGGACGGAGAUUUUUUUCUUGGUGGACUUUUUGACAUUCAUCAAGUCAGUGGCGGUCUUUCUCAGGACAGACCAGAGGCUUUCGCUUGCUCAAGUCAGCCUUUUAUUCUAUCAAGUUAUCGGAGAUUUCAGAUGAUGAGGUUCUCUAUAGAGGAAAUCAAUAACUCUACUAACUUGCUGCCAAAUGUAACUCUAGGCUAUAAAAUAUUUGACCACUGCUCAGACAGACACAAUUUUCCAGAUGUUUUCAAUCUCAUCUCUGUGAAUGGUUUCAUCAAACCCUGGAAUGAAUCCCCCAAGAAUACCUCAAGAAUGAUCGCAGUGGUUGGCACUUAUACAAGCACGGCGACGCUGAGUUUUGCCCCGCUCUUGAUGAAGGAUCUCAUUCCCCUGGUCAGCUAUGGUGCUUCUAGUUCUGUCUUUUCAAGGAAGUGUCAAUUUCCAUCUUUUUUAAGAACAAUACAUCCAAACAAAGAUGUUAUAAAGGUUAUUCUGAUGAUUCUGAAAGAAUUUGACUGCCGCUGGGUCUCCUUCCUACACAUUGACGACGAAUACGGCAGAGAUGGCCUGGACUUAUUUAUCAAGAGCAUUUCUGAUACUGAAAUCUGUCUGGCAUACAGAAACAGCCUUGAUACUUACACGGAUUACACAAAAAUUUUCCAACUAAUGAACUCUCUUAGGGUAAAUGUCACAAUUGUUUUUGCACCAGAAUGGACUGCUGAAGCUCUCAUUAAGGCCGCCAUAAAGCACAACAUCAUCAACAAAGUGUGGAUAGCUGUGGAUGCCUGGUCCUUACACAAAAUGCUUCCCAAAGAAAAUGGAAUAAGAAAAAUCGGAACCGUAGUUGGAAUUGCUGAGCCAGUAAUCCCAAUUCCAGAUUUCAAUGAUUUCAUCUAUUCUUUGGAAGCCCGGUAUCAGCAGGAAGAUGCAAACAAAGGAAAGGUCUGUAAUCAGAUCUGCAACUGCACCAAUGUGACAGCCCAAGAUAUCAUCAAUGCAGAUCCAUCUUUCUCCUUUUCUGUUUACGCUGCUGUGUAUGCCAUCGGCCAUGCGUUACAUGCUGUGUUGCAAUGUGGAGUGGACAGCUGUAACAUCAGCGUACCGGUACACCCGCACAUGAUUUUAACAGAGCUGAGGAGAUCAAAUUUUUCACUUCUAAACCAGAGGGUUCAGUUUGAUGAAAAUGGGGACCCCAAGUAUGGAUCAUAUUCAAUAGUUUUCUGGAACGAAAGUGGUGAGGCAGAGGAGGUUGGCUUUUACAGUUUCCCUCCAUCAUUCCAGUUCUUCAUCAACAAGAGCAAAAUCAAGUGGCAUGAAAAUGGGGAGGUGCCCGUGUCAUUUUGUUCCCCUGAGUGUUCAGAAGGGUUUGCAAAAAAGCAAGAAGGAACUCACAAGUGCUGCUUCAAUUGUACUAUUUGUCAAACAGGAACUUAUAUUAAUAGUACAGCGAAUCCUUACGACUGCAUCGACUGUAAGGAGACAGAGUGGUCUGAAGCAGGAAGUACUUCAUGCAAUCUGCGGCGGGAGGAGUACACAACUUUCUCACACGGUGGAGCUGUGGUGAUCAUCGUCGGAACUUGGAUCUUUGUGUGCCUCACCGUAGCUGUAUCUGUUCUCUUCAUACGCAAUUACAAGUCACCUGUUGCAAAAUCUGCUGGAGGGCCGAUGUGCUUCCUAAUUUUAGCAUGCCUAAGUCUGUCGAGUAUAAGUGUGUUCUUUAACUUUGGUAAGCCCACACCUGCUUCUUGUGUCUUGAGGUAUUUCCCAUUUUUGCUUUUCUUUACUAUUUGCAUUGCAUGCUUUUUAGUACGCUCAUUUCAAAUUGUUUAUGUUUUUAAAAUGGCUUCCAAGUACCCCAUCCUUCUCAACUGGUGGAUGAAAUACCACGGGCAAUGGUUGGUCAUCAUAGUAAUAUUUGUCAUUCAAGCAAGCUUACUCGUCCAUGGAUAUUCCUCUGCACCCCCAAAGCCUGGCAAUAUUACAUUUCCAGACUCAAAAACAGUCACACUUAUUUGUGAUCAAAAUGUUCAAGCUAUGUCUGGGUUUCUGAUCCUAUUUUCAGUCUUGUGUUUUCUUUGCUUUAUUUUCUCCUACAUGGGAAAAGAUCUGCCAAAGAAUUACAAUGAGGCCAAAUCGAUAACAUUCUGCCUCCUGCAGCUGGUCAUUAUCUGGAUCAUAUACGCCACUACACACUUGCUUUACCAUGCAUAUUACACCUCAGCUCUCAGUGCUCUAGCUGUACUUUGCAGUCUCUACUCGUUUCUUUUCUGGUACUUUCUGCCAAAAUGUUACAUUAUUCUUUUGCAACCAGAGAGAAACACUCAGCAGUACUUCCUGAGUCUUAUUCAGAAUUACACAGAGACGUCUAGCUUUUAGCUCUCAGAUUAUGUAUGCUUUGAGCUGGUUCAGGCCCCCAGCACUUUGAAUUGUCUGAAAAAGUGCUAUAUACUGUUAUGCCAUAACAUACCGUGAUAAUUGGAUCCUGAACAGUAAGGAAGAGGUGACAAAAAGAAUUCUGUCCUGCUGCAAACAAGAGAGGGAGUCACCUGGGACUGCCCUUCUUGGCAGGUGGUCAGCUGUGACCACCUCCUUACAGAUAAAAGCCACAGGCCCUCUGCUUCAGUCUCUUCUCCUGACUCCAAGCUUACAUCGUGACUGCAACCAGGGUCAGAGUCUGCCUGGAGGACCAGGCCUCCAACCCAGACCACGCCAUUAGCCACAUGCUGCUGCAAGGCUAACGCUAGCCUGCCAAGAGCCAAGCGCUAGCCCGCU